AUGAUGGAUUAUCAUAAUGGAUAUCGAUCAUCUUCUCGAUUUAAUACAUUCUUAACAAUGCUCAAAGUUCUGUGUUUUAUUUUAUUCUAUUGGUGUUGCUCAAUAUCAUUGACAUUUUUUAAUCGUCAAUUAUUUCGUGACUAUCAAUUUCCACUUUCAAUCACAACGUUACAUAUGGCAAUUAAAUUUAUAUUCGCUGCUAUUAUUCGAUGGUUUUUACAUCGAUUUUGUUUUUGUUCAUGUUGUACAACUAUUUGCGGACAACAUCAAAAUAAUGAUAGGGAACGUAUUAAAUUAACAUGGCCUACUUUAUGGCGAAAAGUUGCUCCAACUGGUAUCACCGCUUCACUUGAUAUCAGUCUAUCCAAUUGGUCCUUGCAAUAUAUAACUAUUUCGCUAUAUAUUAUGUGCAAAUCAACUGUAAUUAUUUACAUUCUAUUAUUUGGUAUAAUAUUCGGUCUCGAACGAUUUGUAAGUUGA